GACAAAACCAAAAUCUUGCGGGAAUUGAAAGUGAAAGACAAAAUAAGAUCAGGAUUCCGAGACGAAUGACACUACACUGUGUACUCUCAACUAUAAACUUGACAUAUUCUAUGCAAAUUUGGAAUGUUUUCUUUCUUCUAUAAUUUAUAAAGCAAUGUCGUUAAUACGUGGGUUUGGCAAUAUUUAUCGGGAAUAUGUUGAAGAGGAGGAAGAGGAAGAGGAAUUCUCUGGGCAGAAAACACCUAUCCAGCAGUCUCGCCCAGCCAGGGGAAGCCAUUUUGAAUGGCAGCUAUAUGAAGGGCAGCAAUGGCUGCAUAUUGACAAUGACCAUGUGAUCGAGACCCACUACUGCCAGCCUGGGGCCAAAGGAAUGACCAUCUACACAUCACUCAUGGGGCAGGUCUACAUAGAUUUUGAUCAGAUUAAGGCAAACCAUACUGGCAUAGCUGUGCGAAGACUGACGUUCCUAGCUCAGGGCCAGAGUGAGGACAUCGGGUGGUAUUUCAAAGAUGGCCGAGCAUGGUGUGAAUAUGGUUCUCUGGGUGAAGGGAAUGUCACAGCCUCAGUCAGCAGUGGUGACGUGGAACAACAGUACGUCCUCAGACCUCAGGGAGGCUUUCAGUUCACCGUCGGAAGGACCAGCUACUCGUUAGACUUCACAGCUAUGACACAGACCAAUUUAGCCACUCGAGUACAGAGAAAUGUCAGGCGGCGGCCAAAGUUCAACUCCAUCGUCUCAGGGAAUAUAAGUGCACCCCGUUCAACCACCACUGUAACUGCCCCACCACCCCCCUCUGCUGGCUGUAAAUGGGAGUUCAUGGGCGAGGAGGGAGUGUGGACUGAGUACCAGACUCCAAGAUGCUCACUGGAUAGCGCUGCGAUCGAAAGAUGCUACCAGCAGAACCCAGGGAGCCAGUUAAGCUUCAAAGCUGGAAGACAUUCCUACACCCUCAACCUCUCUGAAAUGUGUCAGACCAAUAAUCGCUUUGGGACCAAAAGAUCUGUAAGGAGGACUCUAUUAUCAGGGACUCAACAAAUGAGCAGUGUAGGUUUACAGUAUUGUUGGCAGUUUCAAGACAUGGACGGACAUUGGAAGGACUUUGUCAAAGGAAGUUACUUCUGCAGUGUAUCAAGCCAGGACAUUGAAGCUCAGUACCAGCAGAACCCAAAUGGAACUAUGAACUUUACCACUAUGAGGUUCAAAUACCAACUGGACUUUUCAGCAAUGACCCAAAGAAACCUAUCAACUCGGACCACACGAUCCAUUCGACGCCAGAAUCAAUGACCGAUUGACCACCACAACACAAGUUUACACUACUUUGUCUGACUACUGGGAUUGUUCCACUCAGCCAAGAACUACAUUGUGAUUAUACCUCAAUACAAUGAAUUUGACUUUUGUCCUUCCCAGCCUUCUAGAUCUGAACAGGUACAGAGGCGAGCACUUCAGACUAUAGAGAUACUGUUAUCUUGUUGACAUGGGUAGUUGGUGAGCCGUCUUCAUUACUUUUAUGUGACAGAGGCAGAUAAGAUUGAUAUUUAACACAGUUCCCCCAAAUAAUUUGCGCAUGUUUCAUCAACCUGAUGAUCAGAAGCUUGUUAUUAGGCUACAAUAAAUCGUAUCUGGAGUUACAAAGCCUCGCUGCUAGCUGCUGUUGCACCUGUCUUCCUCGGCUUCACUGGAGGCUGCAGUGCUGCUGCCGUUGCUCUCAUUGUACUGUAACAUCAAGUCUAUCAAUCUUGUCAUGCUGCUGCAACAACUUUAGCAAAGACGUUUGUUAUUAUUGUUAUUUUCAUAAUGUAUUGCCUUUCUUCUGAGUGGUAGACUUUGAGUGCCCUUUUUAUGUUUUGUUACCUAGAGUAUCUUCCACGGCUCAGACCCUUGCUUUAGCAAACGAGCCGUCAGGUUUCGACGUCACACUGGUAACUGAUUGUUCAAUCAUAAAAAUACAUUAUGGGAUCAUAAAACAAAUAUAUGUUUACCACUUUGUCAUCUUAAGUAUUCUAUUAACUAAAUUGUAUUUAGCAAAUCAACAACUAAUAUCAUGAAUUUUUACAACUAAGAAAAACUUCUUCUGACGCCUCUGCUUGGUUGCCAUUCACGCAUUAAAGCUCCGCCUCUAUGUACGAUAUUAAACAGCUUUUCACUGACACUGUUCGGCUGUAAUUGUCUUUCUGGCCUGGAAACAGCAGAAAUACCCACUAUUUAGUGGUUUAUAAGGACGACACCUUUUGAGCAUGUACUGCCAUGUCAAUGUUGGUCUUUUUAAAUACGUUUUCACCCCCCCCCCCCCCCCACGUUUUCAAACCUAAAUAAACAC